AUGAAGUUGCUGACUUUGUUGAAAAUGAUGAAAACAGCUUUGAUUGAUCUAUUGGGAGCAGAUGAAAUGGGUUAUGCUCAGAAAAUGCUCGACGAAGAGGCUUGGAAGCUCGAAGGAGGCGAAGACGAGGUGUCAUUGAAAACAAUUCAAAAAAAAACUGGACUGUCUGAUGCAUCUGGCCACGAACCAAUGGGCCGAGUUAGUUCAAUAAUAUCCUUUCUUCCUUUGAUAUAA